AUGUACUUGAAUCCAUUCCAGGAACUGUCCGCCAGGCUAGUCUCAAUUCAAGCUCAGAAGGAUGUGUUUAUGAUCACUUUUAAAACUAUAGAAGAGAUAUGGAAGUUUACCACCUACCUCUCGCUUGGUAAGUGAACAUACAAAGGUUCAUACGAACGUGAUACCCUUCUGAUCUUUCACUUAUUUGCAGUUGAUGUAACGUAGUUGACAAAUUGCCUAAUGUUUAGGACAAUAUGAAGUCUAGUCUAACCCAGACGAAUGGGUUGAGGCACUUAAGAGAUCUAAUGAGUCAAUUCAUUGUACUAAUAUUUUAGAAAAACAAUUUAAACUUCUACAAUUUUGGUAUUAUGUAUCUAAUAGGCUGGCAAAAUUCUCGCAUAUCCAUAGUCCCAAAUGUUGGAGAUUUGGCAGAGCAGAAGGGGACUACCUUCACAUUUGGUGGAAUUUUGAUAUAAUUAAAAAAACGUGGGAAUUGGUUUUUGAAAAACUGUAUUUAAUUGGUAACGUUGUUAUUGAUAUAAAACCUGAAAUUGCUUUGUUACAUCUGAAGUGGCCGACACUAAACAAAAAACAACCCCUGCUAACAUUCCAUUUGUUUUGUUGCCACUAAAAUAAUAAUAACUAGAAAAUGGGGCAAAACAGAUGUAAUAUGGAACAGGGAUUGUUUUGGACAAGUGUUAAAGCAAGACAAGAAAGUUGUAUUCUUAAAAACUGGCAAAAAGUUAUUGAAAGUAACAUCUGAAGUUUAUAAUUAUAUUUAAAAAGGAAAAAUCUCUUAUAUAUAUAUAUUAUAUAAAGUGGGAGUUCUCGCGUCCAUCCAGACAUAAAUGUUGUAUGUUUGAGUUGAAAUUAUGUUAUGAAAAAAACCUAACCGACUGAUGAUAUAUCACAAAUGUUAUUUGGAACUCAUAUGUGUUUGUUUAUUAAAUAUGAAAAAUAUUGUAAUAAAAGAUUAUUAAAAAAAAAAAAAAAAAGUCUAGUCUACUGCAUUGGAUCAAAACCAUUUCACAAUUUUUUUUUUAAUCUAUAUGCUUUUCGAUUGUUAACAUUAGAUCACAAUUUUGAACCCAAACUGAGCCAAUCUGAUUAUUUUAAAAUUUUACUUUGUCACCUAUCCUUGGUGAAUUUUGCAUAUUUUGUUUAUGGUUUUUAUGUUGUACGUGUUUACCUUAUAAAAAGCCACUACCAGUUAAAACUUUUUUGAGAUUCACCUCUUUUUUUUUUUUUAAAGGGUUUGUGGCGUGCAGCUUGGAACACCUGCUGUUUGAUGAGCAUUAUUGGCUGAAUUCUGCUUUGGUAGAAGACACAGAGAUCCAGGUCUCGGUUAAUCAAGAUGAGCUUGCAACACUAUACUUGGGUCUACUCUUGCAAGAAGGUAGUAACACAUCAAUGAUUUACUCCUUCAACAUGUAUAUGUAGUUUGUUCAUACCUGCAUGGAUUUGUAUAUAGUUGCACUCCACAUCUUAUUGAAUUUCUAGUUAAAACCUGAUAACAAGGCCAGGUUCUUCUCCAACAUCAAUAAUAAGCUCCUAUCUAAUGACCAAUUUUAAAAAGCUCUUUUCUUUCCUGAAUUUAAGGCGCUCAGACCUUUGCAGACUAAAAUGAUAUAAAAUUGUAGUCAAUGUAGACUGUCUGUCUUGAUUAACUCUGGUAAUGAGAUUCCAGAUGUUUUCCUAUAUUUUAUUUUACCUUUCUUAGCAUGACAGAGAAACAUGGAAGGGUCAAAAUAAAGGCAUACAAUAUCAAAUCAAAAAUAUCAUAGUUAUUUAAAAAAAGGGGGUAAGUCACUUACAAUGUGCCAACUUGUUCCACUGGUUUUCAUCGUGACUGCCCCAAGUUUAGUACUUUACACCGCCUUUCAGAACAUUAACUAUUUUUAUACAUAACCCCCUAUGUAUUUUACUCCACUUUUUCUUAAUAAUCCUGAUACAUGAGCCAGAUUUGCCUGAAAGUCUGGAAACCAUAGUACUAUGCUAUAAUGUGAAUUUCAGACAAGCAGGCCAUUGAAUUGGUGUAUUCCAUAUAUAAGUGGUCGGUUAGGCCACUGCUAAAGACCUGUUGGAUACUGAGGCACAUUUAGUGAACCUCCAAUAGUAUUGUAACAACAUGUGAGUUACUGAAAAUGCCUUUAGCGUCACUUAGUGGUUACAUGAGAUGAGACUAGGUGAAAAUUCUAUACCAUCAUAGAUAACUCCUGGCAGUUCUACUAUUAUAUCUAAUCUAUACCAUGGUUCAAAAUUCCCCACUAGCAAUUUGUAAAAGUAAAAAUUCAGUCCUGGCAGGUAGAAAUUGACCCUUGAUGAUACCGCCAUGGAUCCUCUGGGCUUGCAGUGGUGAGUAACUUUUAUGCCUACCUAGUAGCAUAGGACUUGAAAGUUUAGGUCCUGAUCUAUAUUAUUAUUUUUUUCACAUGGAGGUUGCCUUUUGCUCAGAAGAAUUAUUAUGCUGAGAAUGAUCAUAUUCUACAUUUCAGCAAAUAAGUGAGUAUUAUCUGUUCUUUGUUUUGAAAUGCAGGUAGCUUCUAUGCUAGAGCUGUGGUCCAAGAUGUUGGAGGUACAGAGGAAGGCAGUCAGACACUAGAGUUCCUGUCAGUGCCUCUGAAUGAUGUGGUGCACUUAAAGGAUAUUGGUGAUGAAUCCUCAUGGGAAGGUCAGUCAUUAAGCACAGGAGAGCGUGGAUUGAUGCCUAUUAUUUCAGUGGAGCCAUUACCUCAUCCAUUCUACCAGUAAGUGUUCAUUUUAGAUGUCCCUGGCAGCUGACCAUUACUGUACUUUCUAUUAAGACUACCCCACCCCCCCAAAAAAGGGAAAUACUCUUAACAUUAGGAGUACAUACAUAUAUUCCUAAUGUUAGUGUUUUGUGACUAUUUACCUCUAACUUACCUUAAAGGUGCCACUGCUUCUCUGGCUGAGAUCAUCAUUACAGAUGAUCUUAGCCAAUAAUAUGUUUUCCUAAAGUAAAGAUUGGAAGCAUAUUGCUUGGCUUAUGCAUCUCUAAGUAAAGCGCUCUAUGUCCUCAGGCUGAGCUUGAAGACUCCGAAUGUCGGCCCUUCAUAGAUUGCAGGACUGCACUAGGAGGUCUUCUAAUAGAGGUGUCCACAGUUAUUAAUGUAAACUCUGCAUUUUCUCAGUAACGACAGUGUAUGCAUUGCAGAAGCUGCAGGUACAGUCUCUUUGCGCCAGAACUACUACAUUAAGCUGUAAUAGGUCUGGUGCUUACUAUCAGUUUUACUUUGCCAAGGUGUUGUAGCAAUAUGUACUGUGCUUUUUGGACAUUAGAGUGGUAAAAGAAAAUUGCCGACUGCCUUCUUAUUUGUAAAUAUUACAAGAAACUAUCUGCCUUUUAUGUAUCAUAAAAGGUGUAUAAAUAAAAAGAUUUAGUUUUAAUUAUGUUGCUAAGAAUUUUAUUGUACAUUUACUAAUUACAAUACCUUUUUUUUUACAUUAUACAGAUUAUUUGUCUUACCUUUGACAUAUGAAUCUAUACAUAGUGUCCAUGUACCCUUUACCUGCUGUGUUUUGCAUGCUUCAUGACAUUGCGUACACUACACUGCAAAAGUCAAACAAGACUGCUUUUCUAACAUAGCGUACAAAUUAUUGCUCUAAGCGUUGUGUGUAGAAUGUUCUGUCCCUGGAUUAAUGGAAAAUACUUUAGAUCUUUAGUAACUUUCAUAGCAUAAUUGCAUUUUUUUUUUUUGUUGAAUAAUGGGAUUGAAGGACUGUGUUUUCUUGAUUUUUGUUUUAAAAUAAUGUGUAUGUGGGAUAUUAACCCAUUUUCUUGCAGCAAUGAGUAUAUAUAUGUGCUAAUUUUGGUCUUGCAUUACAAAGCAAAUUAUAACCCUAAGCAAUUAUAAACACAAAUGUAUAUUUUGCUUACAAAUACCCACUUGCCCUCUCCUUUUGUUCCAGGACUGGUUUACACCUGUUAGACAAAUAGAUUUCUCUGCCAGUGCUUAACUCAGUCAUUCUGCAAAUCUGCAGGGAAAUUGUAAACGGCAUCUUCUUUCUAUCCUCCCACACACUUCAGAAACGUUACGUAGGUCGAAUUUUUGACUUCCUUGAAGGAUUCUGGGAGGAGAGAGAUAUAAUCAUGUAGAGUAUACUGCAGGGAUUCUUUGCAGGCUGCAAAGAAGGCAUUCACUUAGGAGCCAGCUUUUUUAGUCUACUUGCCCCGGACACAGACAUUCUGUGUUCAGUAUUGAAGGAUGAAAUCACAUAAUGCAUGCUAACAAUGACCACACAUACUUUAUAACUGCAUUUUGUCUUUUUUUCCAGAUGGUUUCUUAAAACAUACCCAAUGGCCUGUAAUAUUAUUGAGCCAACCUGCCGGCACAUCUCAUCCCAAACAAUAGGUACAGUAUGUUACACACAUCCUCUAAUUGCCUUCCUUUAUGAUAAACCUGUACCUGAUCAAGCAGUGAAACCUUGUACCCCAUUAUACACAACAAAGUCUAUUUUAUAAAAACGUGAAUUUAUUUUUUCCCCACACAUGGAUGCACGCAGACUGUGUCAUUAAAGAGACACUAAAUAAUUUUGAUGUGGUAGCUCGGUAGUUUGGUGACUGUUAACAUAUCCUGGCAUUCCUUUUUUUUUGUCGUUCUCUUUUUUAAUUGAGGUGUAUGAAUGACAUUACAGAGCUGCAACAAAAUACUGGAUAUCAAGUUAUCAGAAGACACAUGCAAAUACAUAUCUGAGUAACAGACCUCUUUUUAUAUUAUUAUUUGUUGAGUGGUAGAGGAUAAGUAAUAAUGUGGCAUGGUACCUGUUUAAAAAUAGUGACAGACUGAAGGUCUGGUGGGAAUCGAUUUGUUACCUGAAAAUGCCCACUCAUAGAAGAAAAAAAAAAGAAAUGAGAACUUAACAAAAAAUAUUAAGAUAGGACACUAAACAGUAACAGGAAGAGUCAGGAUUUAAGUGGUAUGCAAUGCCCUGAAGGACACCCUAUGGAGAUAUUCCAUCAAGAUCAAACUGAUCUCGUUCUGAUAAAAAAAUGGAUGGGACAAAAAAGAUAGGGCAAAAUGAAUACUCGUUGAAAAACUGUAAACAGUUUUCUGGGGCCCAGAAUAAUAUAGUUCCUCUCUUAGCGGACUAGAACCAUCUAAGAUUGGUACCCCCAACCACAGUGGGAAUGGAAGGGGGCAGCAAUAUUUUCACCAUGGCAGGUGUGUAAGGCAGAAACAGAUAUCAGCCGCCUGUGCAAUGAUGGAUGUAGAAAAAAAGAUGGAUGUAGAAAAAAAGAUGGAUUUUCCAGGCUGUACUAGAUAAUAUGGGCAAUAUUAACAAUGUGUUGAUGCCAGAAAAAAGAAAUCUGUUUUCCACUUUGGCAAGAAAAUAUUUUUCCUGCCUUGCACUCACAUGGUUAUGGUGUUGUGUUUUAUUCUUUCUUUCAUUCUAUCCUUUUAUUUUAACUUUGUGUGAAUGGAUGACCGUGAUGGACUUUAGUGUUUAGCCAACAUAUAUUAUUAUGUGGACAGAUAAAAUAGAAAGGUGAACAGCGCUAAAAAUCAGAAAAUGUACAUACGUUUUGUAGAAAUACUGGCCAGCAGAGUAACUUAAAAAAAAAAGAGAAACAAAAAUACAAAUAAUGGUACAGUAUGUAUGAACGAUAUAAUUCCACACGAACAAAGGUGUUAUAUUCACACUCACACUUUGAGGAGCUAUAUCAGCUCGGUGUUAAGAGCCUGGACGGAAUAAUCCCCGUCUAUGGAUUUCUUGAGGUUCAAGACCAUUGGUGAAUUUAUAGGUGUAAAUAUUCGUUACAUGAAAAACAAGAGUAAAAUACACCACAUGGUAUAGUACGUAAAUAUAAAAUAUUGUGAAAAAAAAAGUGGAUGAUCCUACUUACAUAUUCUAGAGCAACGACCUGCUCUAGUUUGGAGAAUUUCAGGUGGAAUAAUCCCCACCUUGGGAUAUAGUGGACCCAGGUAUAGCAGCAAAGCAGUAUUGGAUAGGAAGGAGGACAAAAGGAGUGGCUGGAUAGUUUAAAAAAUAUAUAUACUUUAAUACAAUAAGUGAAUAAUAAACUAUAAAACCAGUCCUGUAUAAAAGUCAAAAAUUCUUCCUCACUUGACGCGUUUCGCCGAAGCUUUCUCGAAAGCUUCGGCGAAACGCGUCAAGUGAGGAAGAAUUUUGGACUUUUAUACAGGACUGGUUUUAUAGUUUAUUAUUCACUUAUUGUAUUAAAGUAUAUAUAUUUUUUAAACUAUCCAGCCACUCCUGUUGUCCUCCUUCCUAUCCAAUACUGCUUUGCUGCUAUACCUGGGUCCACUAUAUCCCAAGGUGAGGAUUAUUCCACCUGAAAUUCUCCAAACUAGAGCAGGUCGUUGCUCUAGUAUAUGUAAGUAGGAUCAUCCACUUUUUUUUUUCACAAUAUUUUAUAUUUACGUACUAUACCAUGUGGUGUAUUUUACUCUUGUUUUUCAUGUAACGAAUAUUUACACCUAUAAAUUCACCAACGGUCUUGAACCUCAAGAAACCCAUAGACGGGGAUUAUUCCGUCCAGGGUCUUAACACCGAGCUGAUAUAGCUCCUCAAAGUGUGAGUGUGAAUAUAACACCUUUGUUCUUGUGGAAUUAUAUCGUUCAUACAUACUGUACCAUUAUUUGUAUUUUUGUUUCUCUUUUUUUUUUAAGUUACUCUGCUGGCCAGUAUUUCUACAAAACGUAUGUACAUUUUCUGAUUUUUAGCGCUGUUAACCUUUCCAUUUUAUCUGUCUAUUUAUCACAAGGUAGAGGAACACCAUGUUGGUGAACUGCUGCUCACCCCUGAGAAGAGAGCGCUUAUUAAUCUUUUGCAUAUAUUAUUAUGUAACACUGUAAAUCCCCUGACCUGCUUUUUCUGGCUCACCAUAUUGGCUAACACUUGGAGGAGGACUGCAAUUAUCAAACAGUUGGUGGGCGGACCAUAAUGGCACUUGCCAUCAGCCUGGAUGGUCUUAAGCAUGCCAUUCUCCAAGUGAACAAGUUUACUAAAAAUACUUAAACUACAUAAUGAUUAACCAUUUAGGAGCUUUAUUACAGACUGAACGUGAUGGACUUCUGCCAACAUAUAUUACUAUGUAACUAUGUAAGUCCCCUGGCCUGCUUUGUCUGAUCAUUGCAGUCCUUCUCAAAGUGUUAGUCAAUAUGGUGAGCCAAAGAGUUGGUGGGCGGACCUGGAUGAUCACAAGCAUGCCAUUCUCCAAGAGAACAAGUUCACUAAAAAUACUUUACUUAAACUACUUUUGGAUAGCAAGGUUCACUGAAACUGCAGGAGAAUACAUUGUCUGGAUCAAGGGUUAUUUAUUAACCAGAUGUUGAUGUACACAUUGAUUGAAUGUCGAUUUAGGAGCUUUGUUAUAGACUUGUGACAGCUGUGUUGCAGGCUUGUGUCAUCAUCUUCUUGGAGGUGUCUUAUCUGAUUUUAGAGUGGCCCAGCUUAAUGAAAUACAGACAAUACUCCUAAUGCUCCUUCCUGAAUCUUUUGUUUCCUUUAUUUAAUUCUUUGGUUGUAGGAUUCACUUGCUCCUUGCAGUGUUGUUGUUGUUGUAGUCCGUACAGGUUGUGUGAUUGGGUAAGCUGGGGUUCCAGUGGCUUGUGGUGCAGAUCAUCACAAUGUUGCCACCUCAAACAUGGUCCUGUGAGCAAGAUUUCUAGAAACAAAUGCCAGGAAGAUCCAACAAACACAUUUCAGCUCAGUAAUCCUAUAAACAGGAAAUAGGUUUCAUCCAGAGCAAAUAUUCAGUGAAAGCUAAAUAUUUCAGAUUUAAUUACCCUACCCUAGAGAGUACCUGUUGCAAAGAAAAGCAUCAAGAGUAUUUUUACAAGAAAAGAUAACAAAAGGCUAAUAAUAUCAUCAGUGACCCCUGGUGUUAAAGUAGGAAUAGUGCAAGACUAGAAACUUAGCUAAAGAUCUUCCUGUUCUUGAUAAACAAUGUACUAAGGAGUAAAGCAGAGUCAUUACUUUAGGUUUUUACUGAAACAAAAGUAAGGCAGGCGUAUGACAUUUUUGUUUUACCACGACUUGUUUUCUCAUACUAAAUUGGUGAUAGCAAGAGGUUUUAUUUCUUGCUACCUUCUCAACACAUUCUAAAGCAAGGCCAACAAAUUCUGACCCCUAGCUGUCAAACUACAACCCACCAUGAACUUUGCAAGACUGUCAAAGCAUCAUGUAAACUGCACGUUCAGGCUGGACACUGUCAUCUUACAACUACCAGUUGCAUCUUAAGUGUAAUUCUUAUGUAAUUCUUAAGUCUUAUGUGUAAUUUUACUGUGAGCAGGAGUAAACUGACAACUUCAACUCUUAACUGAUGAGAAUGAGCUUUUUUUAAAAAAAAAAAACCAAAAAACCUUUUUACAAUACUAUUUUAAAUUUCUGUGGAUAAAUAAGACAUUCUUGUUAUUAGAUAGCAAUUAAACAUUUUAUGAAAAGUUGCCGUAUCAAAAAAUCCAUCUUCUCCGUGAGAACCUGAUUGGUGUGAUCGAAUCUUGUAGCACCAAAUAUGUCCUCUAAUUUAAUAUCCAACUAGCAAGCAACUGCCGUAACCUCUUUCUGUGUUCAUCCAUAUGUUUCUAUUGUUCUAAGAAUAUAUGUUUAAAGCAGCUACACUGGAUAUCUAUGUUCUAGUAUGUGUAUAUCUUUGCAAUAAAAGCACCAUUUCCUUGUGUGUUCAGGGCAGGGUCUCUGCACAGCCAGGGAGACCCACACAGCGACAGAAUCAGAUGAGCUCAGCUACUGUAGAGGGGACAGUAUUGAAGUGAUUGGAUUCUAUGUUCCAGGACUGAAGUGGUUGGUGGGAAGAAGCCCAUCUAAUGGAACCACAGGUUUUGUCCAAACAAAGCAUGUGGACCCAAGCUGCUUGAAAGCUCUGUAAGUUCACAAUCCUUGCAUCAUUAUUAUUAUUAUUAUUAUUAUUAUUAUUAUUAUCAUCAUUAUUAUAAGACUAAGUCAAAAGUGAAUUGGGAUAACGUGACCAAUACAUUGCAAAUCUAAAUCAAAGAAGCUAAGCUAAGAAUAAAAAUUGGUAAUUUGGUGACGUGUUGAAACAUGCCUCUUUUGACCACAUUUUGCAGUUUAAUGAAUAAAUCCCAUGCAUGUAUGUGUUAUCAUUUCCUACCAAUUAUGAUUUCAACUGUGUUUAUUAAUUUGACUAUCCAGUGAAAUGCAGUUCAUGCUAUUGAAUAUGUUAUUUAGGGAUUAUGUGAUGCUUGUAGUUUAUUUAUUGAGAUUCUUAUUACUUAAUUUGGUCUAAUUAUAUAGGUAUUAUUUAUUUAUUUUUUUAAUUGUAUAGCAAUCCUUUUAAAUAUUGGUCCUAUUCAUUGCAAAAUCAGAAUUCAAAUGUAAUUUACUUAAAAUAUGUGUGAGAUUUGUACAUUGCAAGGGUUUCAAAGUGAACUUUUGUUUUUAAGCUAAAAUAAAUAAAAUUAUAGAAACAACAGGUCUGAUAAAGGAAAAAAAAGGAUAAAAUACAAAAAUGUGCAAUGAGAAGGGUAACGUUUUGUCAUGAAACAGACAGCAAAUAAAUAAGUCUGUCUGUCUGGAUUCAUGUGUCAAGUCUAGCUUCUAUGUGCUGUUAAACACUAAGAAAAGAAGCAUGUGAGUCUAUUCACGUUACUCCAAAUUGUCAUGAAUUGAAAUCUGCAUGGCAAAAUUUAGGCAAAAAUAGGUGAUCACUGACCUGCUGCAGCUCGACUAUUUUAGCCUAAAUUUGCCCUUUGAAUUUCAGUUUGCCACAUUUUUUAAAAUAUGAGAAUAUAUGUGUGUAAGUGUGUGUGUAUGUGUGUGUGUAUAUAUAUAUAUAUAUAUAUAUAUAUAUAAAUAUAUUGUAAUGUUAUUGUCAGUACACUAGAAUUUAUUAUAGUUUACAUAACAUUAAUGCAGGAAGAAAUUAGAUUACUUUUGGAGUCAGAGAGCAUAUUGUAUUGGCAAUGGCAUCAAUAUAAUUAUUUUGCCUUCUCGUUCAACAAAAAUACUUUGUUAAGCAAUGUAUACUGGAUGUACUGAUGUACUGAGAUAAAGGACAGAGAUGGUAUAUUAAACACAAAUUGAAAAUCACUCAUGUAUUAUAUAUCUGCUUUAUAAUCGUUUAUUCUGCAAUCAUCCACAAACAGAAAAAGAAUACAUUUGGUCUAUAUUAUAGGUAAAUAGAAACUAAGGCAAAGCGUUUAAAAUUAACCCCAAAAUGCUCAGCAUUGCUAACUAAUCACCAAUGCCAAUAUGUGGGUAAAUGAAAACCUGCAGAAAGUUAAGGAAUUUACUUGAUCCUACUUACCUUAAUGUUUUCUUUGAAAUAGUCAAAUUCUGCAGAGUAAAAUAAUUAUCCCUUGUAUAGAUCUCUUUAGUAAAUAAACUCUAGUGAAUAAAUCUUCUUUUCAAUUUCCUUCCUAGGAGAUAUAUUGUUAUAAAUGAGUCUAUGGGUUUGUAGGGCUAAUCCAAGCACCGUGAUCAUUUCAGUGAUUUGAAGUGGUCAUGGCGCUUGAGGUUUGUUUGAAACAAUGCACAUAGAUCGUUAAAACCCUUUUAGCAGGGAUGGAGUUAUUAUCCAACCCAGAACGAGAGUUCUGAACUGGCUGAAGUGAAUAUAGUGCAUAUUUGUGUCAUCAGCACAUAUAACAUGAUGGUAAUAAUCGACCAGUGGCAGCACGCCCCCCACUCCAUGCUUGUUAAGUCUUCCGCUUGUCCCUGCCUUGUAUCACUCCUAGUCCAAUGAGGGGUCCUAAUGUAGCCCUGACUGCAGGGAGAACUUGGCCCCUGUGCUUAAUCUAGUUAUACUUUAUUAUUUUUCUUAUCACGUUUGGGAUGAGAUCCAAGCCAGUUAGGGUUACUCUGAUCAAAAACAGUGUUUUACUAAAUCCCUGAAUUUUUGUUGGGAGUAACCUUUUAAGUAAGCAAUAUGUUCUGAAGUUCUAAUUUCUGUCACAUGGUGUCACUGUUGCUCAAUUGUUGCUCCUAUGAAAACAAACACACGUCUAAUGCCAGCUAUGUUUACGUGUUUUGAGAUGGGAACAUAUGUAGAAAAGCACGACUAUAAUUGCUGAACAUAUUUCUUUUUAUCACAGAUAAAUAUAAACAUGAUCAUAAUAGCUGUUUGUCAUUACACAGCAUGUCUCACAGUAAACUCAUUUAAUACAUUAUGUAUUCCUUAUUUAAAACAGAAACUGUCAGAUUUAAAAAAAAAAAAAAAAAUGUUAUCCUGUUUCUUUUUGACUGUACCGGGCAUACCUAUAUACAGUGCUAGCAGAUUUGCUAGAAAACUUAAAGAUUGGGAAAAAAACUAUUUAAAAAUCAGUCUUUCUUCCAUCUGUAAGUCACUUUUUCGGCAUAGGCUUUGCGCCAAUGAAUUGACUGACAAGGGAGAGCAGAAAAGACCUCACCUGAUCCUGAUGAAAGUCCCUGAUGGGACUGAAACGUUGAUCUGAUUUUUAAUGGAUUACUAAUAAACUGCAAGUUUUAACCUUCAAAAGUCAGAGAGUGCUGAUCACUGCCUGUACAUAUAUAUAUAUAUAUAUAUAUAUAUACAUACAUACAUACAUACAUACAUACAUACAUAUACACGCGGCGUGUGUUUGUGCUUUAGGGUGCACACCCUAAUGCCAUAGGCUGCGCACGCCUAUGAUUAAGACGCAGCCAUGCUGGCAACGAAACCAAUGUUGUGGGAAGCAUCACCAUGCAGGGCAAAGUAAAGAAGAGUCCUGGUGGAACAAAGGGUGGCCUCGGGGUGGGUGACACAGAAAAGUUAAGAGUGCCGCUAAGGAUAUGGCGGUACCCUAUCAGAGAUAUGGUGAAUAUAUGUCAAAAUUUUCACAUUUGAAUACAUAUAUAGAAACAUUGAAUGUGAAGGCAGAUAUGAACCAUUUGGACCAUCAAGUCUGCCCAAUUUUCUGAAUACUUUAAUUAGUCCUGGCCUUAUCUCAAGUCUAGAAUUGCCUUAUGCCUAUACCAUGCAUGCUUAAACUCCCUCACUGUGCUAACCUCUACCACUUCAGCUGGAAGGCUAUUCCAUGCAUCCACUACCCUCUCGGUAUAGCAAUACUUCCUGAUAUUAUUUUUAAACCCUUGCCCCUCUAAUUUAAGACUAUAUAAAACAGACAUCAGGUUCACUUUAGUUUUUGUAAUACUUCAUUUAGAGAUGGCAGAAAUGAAAUAUGCUUAAAUGUGAGGCCAUAAUGUUCAGGAAGACAUGCAUCCAGGCUGAAUUGUAUAUAAGAAGAAAACAUGUAAAUCAAAUUUUAAAACCUGCUGAACCAUUUACAAAUUUUAAAAGACAUUUUUGUGCUUCGCUGAUGUAGAAUGCUUUUUUUUAUUUAUUUUUUUUAGUAUUUUUAAUUUUAUGUGUAACAGGUCCUCUUUACACAAUUGUGAAAUUUACAAGGUCAGGCAUACACAAAUGGAUUCACUAAGAUAAGAAUCAAGUAUUUUCUCGUAAAAUAUCUUUUAAUUCAUCCAGGGUAUCACCACCUUAAUCUCCAAAGCUUUUAGACAUAAGUGAAAUCAUUAAACACAUCAUAAAAUAAUAGGCCUUACUGCUCCAGCUGUACUUUGAGAUGUUAUGAGAUAAGCCCUUUACACUGUUUUGUUAGCUCAAUUAAGUGAUUUGAAAUAUUGCACAUGAAAAUUAUAUGGUAUUUUUAUUGCUUACAUACGACAGUACAAUUUGUAAUGACAAGAGGGAUAUUUAGCUUUGGGAUUUAAAGCAAGUGUUAACUUUUAACUUUGUUAACUUGUUAAACUGACUACUUGUUAACUCCUAUCCCUGUGGCUUUGAAAUUGAAUUGUAAAAUUAAUUGUCUUUAGUUGGUCAGAUUUCUCCAAUCCAUUGCCAAACAAACAAUAUAUUCACUACACAAGGAUGGAAUGGAUCCUUGUAAGAAAAUGCAUGGUUUCUCAUGAGUAGUGCCCAGCAAAAUGUCCCUCCCCAAAAAAUUGUGCCAGUUAGGGUGUUUGGAAAUUCCAUUGUCGAUUAAUCAUUAGCCCCUCUUUCCCGUGGUUAAUGCAGGUAAUAUAAAGGAAGUAUUGGCAAGGGAUGUCUCUACCAUUUAGUUCAGCACAACCUAUAAAAGGACCAAAGAGAAGAACUCAGGCAGUCAGUGUGCCAAUGGUGACCUCUGUCCACCCCCAAAAGCGCCUUCAAUAAGGACAUAAAUAAGGACAUAAAGGUCAGAACUGGAGCAAUGGAAGACGAUUGUUAAAAUAAUAAAAACAUAUUUUUUAUUAUCGGGGUUAAUAAAGUAACCCAAAUAUCAUCACUAACCUUUUUGUCACUUAAAUAUAAUCUACUUAACCUGUACCUUUGACCUUUUACAUUGUUUUACACUAUUCUAGAUCUUAUUAAAAAAAUAAGUAGAUGAAUAAUUGGCUACUAAAUAAAGUGUAUAUAUUAAGAACAGAGACUAUAGAAAAUGGCAAACUUGUUUUCAAAGUGUUGUAACUGCAUUUAGGUGGUAUCAUGACCAUGUAGGCAGAUUGAAGUUUGAGAAAAUAAAAUAUUCACUGAGUCCAAGACUUUUUUUUUUUUUAAUCUUUUGUGUAUUAGCCAUUUUGGGUGGAUCCCAAUCUAUCUGGGAGACCCAAUCUGGUCUAGAGUCUAGACCCUAAAAGCCUGGUUUUUAAGUAUGCCCUCUGGACAUUUCUUUUAUUAUACAGAAAGUGGCCUGACAUGAGCUUUAUACAGCUGCCACGUCAAUGCUUUUGAAACAUCAGCAGUAAUUUUAUAUCUCUAAAUACUCUACACUUUUUUUUCCUGUCCAGGGGUAAAGACUUGUUCUUUCUAAGUGAGGAGGAAAAGUCAGCACUCAACUCUCUGGAUGAAGACAGUCAACGUAGCUGUGUGCAGCUUCUGAAUGACCUCUCUCAGACCAACAUUAGUUCUGUGUACAGACUAGGUGAGUACCAAAGGUCCAUCUAAUGUUGUGUUCUGCAUGUGCAUAUCCUAUAUACCUAUUUUCUGGUUCCACAGACUACAGAACUCAUCCUUGGAAUCCUUUUACAUGAAUCAAUUAUCUGUAGGUAUUUAUAACCGUAAGAGCCAACAUAAGUUAACGCUCCGUUCACACUUUGCAUGUAAUAAGGCCCUGGUUGCAGACACUUGAGAAAUCAUCUAUCAUCAACUGUCCCAUAGUUUCCAGCUUGUCAUGCAGAUGAUCAGACAGGCAUCGUGACUUUAUACUGCAGUUUUGUUGACACUGUUAGAAAUGGGCACUGUAUAAACACUGCUUUUUUUUUAAACCCGAGCAUGGGCUAGAAUUCAAAAGUAUCCAUUACCAAAAGACACCAAUAGAUUGUACUAUUGUGACAUUGUGGGUCUGGUCAGCAUGGCGAAAGUUCCGGACUGGAAGCUGAAUUCUCCAUGAGAGUAAAUACUGUGUUUAAAACACAGGAAUGCCUGUCUGUGCUUAUUUGCAUGUUACGAUAUUUGUAAUUUUUGUGCUCAAGGAGGAAUUCUCCAAGUAUGGAAAAGGAUUAUAAAAUGGAUGUUUAUGUAUCUGCCUUACAAUUCAGAUCACAUUUUCAAAACCAAAAAAUAACAGGCAGUGUUAUUUACUAAAAUGUGAAUUUGUUUGAAUUCAUAUUGAAUUUCAAAUUUUAGGCCAACAUAGCAUAGCUGUCUAAAAAUGUAAAAUUUACUAUGAAUCCCCAAUAAUUCACACUUUAGCAAAUUACCAGUUUUGUUUAGAAGCUUCAGGAACUGAUCUCCCUUAUCUAUCUGCACCUUGUGGUUACCUGAUAGGGAGAAGAAUCUGCUUCUUCCCUGCUACCUCUACAGCAAACAUGUCAAAUUUACGGCCCACAAUGAACAUCUUUGCUGCCAGGCGAACCGCGAGUACAUGCUUGUGUUAAAGCAGAGUAGGCACCUGCUUUCUCCACAUUGUAGGUGCCUACUCUACUAACAUUUACCUGGCCGGAGAGGAAGCAGGACGCUGGCGGCAGCAAGGGAGCUCACUCUUCCUGCUCACUCACACGUGCCAUCUGUAGUGAUGCCGGCAUCACUUAACUGCAUGCGAGUGAGCAGGGAGGAGAUCUCCAAAAAUAAGAUACCCACUGGACCCCAGGGAAUGAUGUGAGUGUGUACAAGAAUGUGUAAAUAUGUGAGUGCGUGUGUCAGAGUGUGUCUGUCAGUGAGUGUGUGUGUGUCAGUGAGUGAGUGUGUCUGUGUGUGUGUGUCAGUGAAUGUGUCUGUGUGCCUGUCUAAGUAGUGGGAGGAUCCACUUUGGCACAGGGUGCGGACGGCGCCAUUUGGGGUAUACCAGAGGCCGCACUGCGGAGUCGCAUACUGGCAGUGGCAAUGUGAGUGGAGUCUGCUUGUUGGCUAGAGAGGGGUGCUGGGAUUUAGUACAUGGGCGGACUGAGAUUUAGUAGAGGGGCUGCUGUAGUUUAGUAGAGGGGGAUGCUAGGUUUUUUUUUAUACUGUACUUUUUAAACGAAACCUACGUUUCUAUGAAAAUUUACGUUUUUUUUUUUUUUUUUUGCGGCCCACAUAAACUUAAACCUUGUUUGUUUGGCCCGUUCUAGACUUUGAGUUUGACAUGCUUGCUCUACCUAUCUUGGAUAGUUAAAAAAAGAUAACUGCAGACUAUUAUGAUCAAACAGAAUGAGGUUUGUGGAGUUUAACUCAAUACAUAUCUAUUGUGAACUGAAACCCCUGUGCACCAUGUAGAUGUCAGUAAUAAAGAGCUUGAUUAUUUUAGCAAUAACCUUCCCUUAAAAUAUGGCAGCAGUACCUGUGUAAUAGUCACCUUAAAGAGACAAAAUAUUUUUGGGAGCAACUCAAAUACGUUUUACAUUACAGGGGAACCCUUUUCAGGAGUUUAUUAGACUGAUCGCAUCCAUUAAAGCGGUUUAGACUCAAUCUUUUUUUUGUUAAAUAACAUAAUAACAUUUUUUUUGUUAAAUCAGAGUACCUAAUUAUAAUAUCACACCUGUCAUUCUGUCCUCAGUCUAUAUUGCAGAAUGUAGACUGUUUUGAUGUGAUAUGUUGUAGAGGCAGCUCUCACUGCUACUUUGUUAGGGACAUGUGGUAGAGGUACUCUUCUCUCCAAUUUCUCAUCAAGUCUGGUGCAGAAUGUAUGCCUUUGUACACUCUCAGCUGUUUAUUUAAAGGGGUUCUUAAGUCUAAUGGUCCUGCAUGUGUGUAGGACAAUGAGAUGGAUGGUUUAGGGUGAAUUUACUGGGGUCAAUGACAUGGAUGGCUAAGGUUUGAGAUAAUGAGAUAAAUCUCUAAAGGUCAUAGGUUUUGAAGCAGUAAUGAGAUGCAUGGCUAGACCUAAUUGGAUGUUCUGGGGGGAAGGGGACAAUAAGUCCUUGACUUAGAAUGUUAGGCCUGACAGGCGAUGAGGUUGAAAGAUAUCUUUCCAUGGUGAUGUUCAUCUGAUUGCACGUACCCAGUUCUAACGAUAGAUUUGGCAUUGCAAUGAGAUGAGGGACGAUUGAUUUGGGGGAUAAUGAGAUGGAAUAGAGGCUGAAAUAAGGCAUUAAAUGAAGCAAAUAUAAAGGGCCUUAUAUCAACAAUAUAGGAAAAAGUAUGCCAACCUGGAAUUAAAUUUGGCAAGUGCUUCUUAUGGACCCAACCCAUAUGGACCUGUUACGCCACCAUCUCAAAUAGUUGGUUGGUCUUCUCAAAUAAAGUAUUAAUUGUCUUGUCUCUGAGAUGCAGUUUAUUUCUCUCAGAAUAUUGAGCAAGGGGUUGGCUAUUAAACUGAGGUCUAACAUUAUAUACAUCAUAAAGAAUAAUAAAAAGGUGCUUAAGUUAUCAAUGCAUCAAUACUUCUUUUCUCUUCGGGGGCUGUGUGGAUUUUAGUUUGCAGCCCCUCUGUUCCUGUAAAACAAAACAUUAAUGUUUAGGCCAUUUGUACCAUUAGGGAGGUAACAUUCACUUGAGCAAAUCCAGCUUUCCUCACCCCAAAGGGAGUCCGUGAUCCCAGAUGAUUGACGUUGUCCAAAAUAGCGGAGUACUACUGAGACACGAAUAAAAUGCAGCCAAUAUUACUAUCACAAUUUCAAGGUUCUGAUUGCUGUUUCCUGAAGUGACUAAUACCUCCUCUUCUAACUAGGUUUAAAAACCCACACUGAACAAAAUUAUAAAUGCUACACUUUUGUUUUUGCCCCCAUUUUUCAUGAGCUGAACUCAAAGAUCUAAGACCUUUUCUAUGUGCACAAAAGGCCUGUCUCUCUCAAAUAUUGUUCACAAAUCUGUCUAAAUCUGUGUUAGUGAGCACUUCUCCUUUGCCGAGAUAAUCCAUCCACCUCACAGGUGUGGCAUAUCAAGAUGCUGAUUAGACAGCAUGAUUAUUGUACAGGUGUGCUUUAGGCUGACUACAAUAAAAGGCUACUCUAAAAUGUGCAGUUUACUGUAUUAGAGAGGUUCGGGGGGAUCCGAAAACCAGUCAGUAUCUGGUGUGACCACCAUUUGCCUCACGCAGUGCAACACAUCUCCUUUGCAAUCAGGUUGUUGAUUGUGGCCUGUGGAAUGUUGGUCCACUCCUCUUCAAUGGCUGUGCGAAUAUUGGCAGUACCUGGAACACGCUGUCGUAUACGCUGAUCCAGAGCAUCCCAAACAUGCUCAAUGGGUGACAUGUCCGGUGAGUAUGCUGGCCAUGCAGGAACUGGGAUGUUUUCAGCUUCCAGGAAUUGUGUACAGAUCUUUGCAGCAUGGGGCAGUGCAUUAUCAUGCUGCAACAUGAGGUGAUGGUCGUGGAUGAAUGGCACAUCAAUGGGCCUCAGGAUCUCGUCACAGUAUCUCUGUGCAUUCAAAAUAAAAUGUACCUGUGUUCGUUGUCCAUAACAUACGCCUGCCCAUACCAUAACCCCACCGCCAGCAUGGGCCACUCGAUCCACAAUGUUGACAUCAGCAACCUGCUCACACACACGAUGCCAUACAUGCUGUCUACCAUCUGCCCUGUAUAGUGAAAAACAGGAUUAAUCUGUAAAGAGAACAUAAACUUCCAGACGCCAUGAAUGUGAGCAUUUGCUCACUCAAGUCGGUUAUGACAACGAACUGCUGUCGGGUCGAGACCCCGAUAAGGACGACGAGCAUGCAGAGAGCUUCCCUGAGAGGGUUUCUGACAGUUUGUGCAGAAAUUCUUUGGUUAUGCAAACCGAUUGUUGCAGCAGCUGUGCGGGUGGCUGGUCUCAGACGAUCUUGGAGGUGAAGAUACUGGAUGUGGAGGUCCUAGGCUGGUGUGGUUACAUGUGGCCUGUGGUUGUGAGGCCAGUUGGAUUUACUGCCAAAUUCUGAAAUACCUUUGGAGAUGGCUUAUGGUAGAGAAAUGAACAUUCAAGUCACGGGCAACAGCUUGUGUUUACCCCGAGGCAAACAGGGCAUUUGCCUUGGGCGGCAAAAAAGCCGACCCCCCAGUCGCCCUGGCAAAUGCUUGCCAGCCUCUUGUCCUGUGGGGCACAGAUGCUGGCCAGGUCCAGCUCAGAGGCUGUCAGCGGCAGAGCUUUCCGGGCAAGCGGCGAGGGAGCACUAAUCCUGCUGUUCCCUCGCACAGUGAUCCGCCUUUCCAGUAUCGGAUAGUAGGUGUCCACGGAGUAUAUGUGAAACAGCAAUUAGGAUAAUUCCACCAGCGCUGUGGCAAUAGAGCAGUACCUUUGCUCUAUUCUUGUAAGUAUAACUCACUUUAUUACUUUGUUGUUCAUACUGAGAGCACUAUUUUGUUUCACCUACUAUCCGAUACUGCACCUAUCUUCCAAGCCGCAUAUUUGAAGUAGAUCCUAGCCGAUACCACAGGAAUUCCAAGCCGGACAGACGGACCAUCCGAGUAUAUCCGUUAGCAAACCACUAAGUGUCUCUUCUCCCAGAGCUGGCAUCUCAGAGUGAAAUAUAUUUCCUUUGAAUAUAUACCACAUCAGGAUAUACAAUAUUUCACCAUUGGCAGCUUUUUCUUUUGUUUUUUAUCUUCACAUAUAUGGACUACCUACUACACGGACGGAGCCAUACUUGGGAUUGUGGUACUGCAUACCAGUGAGACUGUUUUUAUUUUAUAAUUUUUAUUUAUACUUUUCACAAAUCCGGAUGAACUUUAUUUGAUUUUAUUAUAUUAAUAUACGAUCUUAUAUACUUUUAAUAUUUUUUUUAAUUUUUUUUUACCUAAGCGCACCCUUGACCCCCACUUUUCUUGCAUUUCCUAAGGGUUUCGUGAGGGAUUUCCCUUUUAGGGUUGCUGCUUAGUUAGCGCAGACUCUUCCUCCUUUUUGUUUUAGCUAUGUAUAUGUGUCUGUUAGUGAAAGUGUGUGUCUGACACUGAGUGUAUAUGUGUCUGUCAGUGAGUGUGUAUGUGUAUUUAGAAGUUUACAAGUGUUUUAAAGGGACACUUUACUCACCAGAACAACUACAGCUUAUUGUAUUUGUUCUGGUGAGUAGAAUCAUUCUCUUCAGGCUUUUUUCUGUAAACACUGUCUUUUCAUAGAACAUGCAGUGUUUACAUUACAGCCUAGUGAUAACCUGCUUCCUUGGGCAGUGCUGCAGAGUAAGCAGCACUGCCAUUCAGUGUCUUCACCCUCUGCAUGCAGACACUGAACUUUUCUCAUAGAGAUGCAUUGAUUCAAUUCAUCUCCAUGAGGAGAUGCUGAUUGGCCAGGGCUGUACUUGACUUGCGCUGGCUCUGCUCCCGAUCUGCCUCCUUGACAGUCUCAGCCAAUCCUACGGGGAAGCAUUGUGAGUGGCUGAGACCACCACUUCUGAUGAUGUCAGCAGACAGAGGUAAUUCAGGGGCAGAGACAGCAGCUUCCGACUUGAAUACAAGUAAGAUUUUGCUCUAUUUAGAGAGGCAAGUGGAUGCCAGGGGGAACUAGAUGGUGGUUUUAACACUAUAGGGUCAGGAAUACAUAUGUGUUCCUGGCCCUAUAGUGCUCCUUUAAAUGAAAUUAAACAUUUUGAGGGCCCCCAAAACUACCAGAGAACCAAUAACUUGCUACCUCCAUACUUUAUGUGCAGCUGACCUGGUUAAAUAAAAUACAAUGAUUCCUAGUCACCAUCACAAAGUAAAAAUAAUAAAUAAUUUGUGGUGGUCGCAAUGACACAAUGAAUAGCUGUGGGCAAAAUAUUGAAGAAUUUUCACUCAUUUUAAGUAGUUAGAGGUUAUACCUGUUAUAACCAUGAUAUGUAUGUAAUGAGGACAUAUAUCAAAAUGUCAUUUUAUAAAAAGGGAAGCAAAGUUUUAAAGGUAGAGCAGUUAUCAUGGAAACCAAUGGAAUCGCCAGUAACAUUUCACUGAUUACUACUUCCCAUUAACAUCUUUAUGCCACUUAUCAGAACACAAGCUUUCAUAGAGCAUCAUCUCCCCCAUUGUGAAGGUAGGUGUGAUAACUGCAUUGAUUGUAUGUUUAUUUACACUGUGGAGAACAAGCAGAUCCAGAGUUAUGAGUUCAGAGUUCUGAAUAUGAACACUGAUUACACCAGGAUGUGUAAAUGAUAUCAAAUCAGUUUCAAAGCUUUAUCUGAAACUAAGAAACAGUUGUACAUUAUUAAUGCUUUUUGUGGCCUUUUUCCUUUUCUUUUUCAGAUGGCCUAGAUCCUGUGGACAUGUAUCACAAAGCCUCAGUUAGUGAGUACAAGAUUUGACAUUAUGGCUGUAGUAAUCUGUUUCAAACUGAUUUUUUUUUUAGAUAGAAUGUGGACAAGUGUCCUAUUAAUUAAAAAAUGAGUCGGCGUGCCAAUUUAGGCAUUGAAAGAUUAAUGAAUAAAUCCUAGUUAGGCUUGGUUUUACCCAAUAUUCAUGUUUUCUGACUUCAUUUGCAUUAUCUAGCAGUAAAAUGAUUUGCAAAUUUUGGAUUGUGAUCACUUUGGAAAGUUGCAUGAUUUUGACGGUGGGAAAUAAAAUAUUGAUCUGUUGUCAACAUUGGAUUGUAGUAUAUGCCUUAAUUAGGAACUAAAAUAUUAAACUCAAGUAUGAUUUGAAAAAAGUGAAUUAAAAUAUUAACUUUUUAAAAAUCAACAUAAUUUCUUUAUUUCACACAUAUCUGUCUACCAGAGAACCAAUAACUUGCUACCUCCAUACUUUAUGUGCAGCUGACCUGGUUAAAUAAAAUACAAUGAUUCCUAGUCACCAUCACAAAGUAAAAAUAAUAAAUAAUUUGUGGUGGUCGCAAUGACACAAUGAAUAGCUGUGGGCAAAAUAUUGAAGAAUUUUCACUCAUUUUAAGUAGUUAGAGGUUAUACCUGUUAUAACCAUGAUAUGUAUGUAAUGAGGACAUAUAUCAAAAUGUCAUUUUAUAAAAAGGGAAGCAAAGUUUUAAAGGUAGAGCAGUUAUCAUGGAAACCAAUGGAAUCGCCAGUAACAUUUCACUGAUUACUACUUCCCAUUAACAUCUUUAUGCCACUUAUCAGAACACAAGCUUUCAUAGAGCAUCAUCUCCCCCAUUGUGAAGGUAGGUGUGAUAACUGCAUUGAUUGUAUGUUUAUUUACACUGUGGAGAACAAGCAGAUCCAGAGUUAUGAGUUCAGAGUUCUGAAUAUGAACACUGAUUACACCAGGAUGUGUAAAUGAUAUCAAAUCAGUUUCAAAGCUUUAUCUGAAACUAAGAAACAGUUGUACAUUAUUAAUGCUUUUUGUGGCCUUUUUCCUUUUCUUUUUCAGAUGGCCUAGAUCCUGUGGACAUGUAUCACAAAGCCUCAGUUAGUGAGUACAAGAUUUGACAUUAUGGCUGUAGUAAUCUGUUUCAAACUGAUUUUUUUUUUAGAUAGAAUGUGGACAAGUGUCCUAUUAAUUAAAAAAUGAGUCGGCGUGCCAAUUUAGGCAUUGAAAGAUUAAUGAAUAAAUCCUAGUUAGGCUUGGUUUUACCCAAUAUUCAUGUUUUCUGACUUCAUUUGCAUUAUCUAGCAGUAAAAUGAUUUGCAAAUUUUGGAUUGUGAUCACUUUGGAAAGUUGCAUGAUUUUGACGGUGGGAAAUAAAAUAUUGAUCUGUUGUCAACAUUGGAUUGUAGUAUAUGCCUUAAUUAGGAACUAAAAUAUUAAACUCAAGUAUGAUUUGAAAAAAGUGAAUUAAAAUAUUAACUUUUUAAAAAUCAACAUAAUUUCUUUAUUUCACACAUAUCUGUCUACAGAAAUGUCUUGGAAGCAUCAUUAUUUCUACUACACCUGUUUUGAUUUUGAUUUGUGGAGCAUCUGCUGCCUAACUUAAACACUGUUUUGUGUUUUUCUGCUGGCCAAUACCUAAUAAUGAAAGAUGUUUAUGAUUGUUAAUUAUGAUUUGUUUUGUUCCUUAAUGUGUUCCAGGUAUGAGUGAAAAUUUUGGUGAAUGUCAAGUGUCUGACAGCUGGGAGGAAUGUGAAGGUGUCAGUAGCUCGUCCAAAUGCAGUGCCUCUGAGAAAUCAAGUCCUGACUCGGAGUGGAAAGGUGGGGUGGAGGGCUUCAUAGUGCAAUGCCAGGAUGAACUUGAUGAUCCAAAGUUCUUUGUUGAUUUAAAUGCUGGGGAGAUGGAAGAUUCGGAAGUCUUUGAUCCAGUCUUGACAUUCCUCAAUCAGGAUGGCUAUCAAACUUACUUCCAGCCCUUGUAUGAUUUGUCCAUGUCUUUCCUCAACUCGACCUUCUAUGGAUUUUCUGAGGAGGAAGAUCUGGUAUUCUACCUUGAAACCUCUCGGAACUGGGCUAAGAAAAUAAAUAUGUCAUGGGCCCAUAUUCGAUGUUGUUUUCUUCUUGGAAGGAUUUGUGUGAAGAGAAUGAAGCUGUCCCAGGCAAGAGUUUACUUUGAAGAAGCCUUAAGUGCCAUGCGGCAGGGAUUUCUUGAUGUGCACCUUAUGGCUGCCUUGUAUGGUAAUCUCUGUGCUAUUUACUUGAAGCAAAAUUUGAGAUCCAAGCAGGAGCUGUUGCUAGAGAAGGCCGCUAGUCUUCUAACUUGCCUGCACCAGCAUACUUUUAGCUCAGAGCACGAACUUGAAGUGCUAAAAUAUCUUCUAAAGAAAGCCAUCAUUGUUAACAACACCUCAUUUGAAUCUCGAAUUUGUUUUCUCAUAUUCAGGCUUCUCCAUCAGCUUGGUAGAUAUGAUGAGGCCUUACCUUUUGUGGAACGCUUGCAAUUUCUUCUUAUUUCCUCAUGCUCUCAGCCUGUCUGUUCUUCUUUAGGCGUGAUUCCCAUAUUAAGUUACUUAUAUGAUAAAAAAUAUCUGCCUCAUGUGGCUUUAGCAUCGGCCAGACUAUGUAAAUCUGUUGGUAUGAAAAUGAUGCCAUCCCCGUUGUGGAGAGUAGGGGUAGUUAUGCAAAAUUUAUCCAGGAUCACUGGUUCCUCAUUAAAAGGCAAUUAUAUUCCUGCACAAACUGCUCCCUACCUAAAACAUGCCCUGUCAUGUUCUUAUGAAAGUGGAGAUGUGAAAGCCCAAAGAACGUUAUGCCUUAUUUUAUCUAAAAUACAUCUCCAAUAUAGUCUACUCCCCAGUGCCAUUACUUACGCCAAGAGAGCAGUUGAAUUGGGUCGAUGGACCAGUGAGGAUGAAGCAUUUGAAGCAUCACUUUUCUUAGGGUGGUUGUAUACACUGGAUGGGCAUUUUGAACAGGCUUGUCACAUUCUAGGACCUCUGUUAGAAUCUAUGCAGCAAACAGACAGUACCACCCAAUGUGGUGUCAUCCAUAACAUGCUUGCAAAUGCCCAGAAAAUGGACAAAAAGGUUGUUGAAUCAUUGAGAGGGUAUUCACAAGCCCUCAAAAUGGCAACUGAAACUGGCAACAGACGAAACCAAGCCAUAGCCCUUGCUAACUUUGGGAGACUGUCUGUUUUUUGCCAAACCACUGUAAUGGCAGAGAAGUAUUUUCUCAAGUCUGUCCAACUUUAUAUGGAUGUCCAGGGCAGCGAUGACGCAGAGCGGGAAUUGGUGCAAGUUCUCCAGUGGCUGGGACAAAUUCUUACUGAACAAAGGAAGCUUGAACAUGGAAUACUGUGUUAUGAAUUAGCCUUGCUCUAUGCAUUGAAGGCCAGCAACUUGAACUGUAAGUACGCCAGCUCUUUAGCACAUAUUGCGGGACUUUGUUUCUAGAAAUGGUAAUAAUUACUAGGACGGUCCCAGUUUCUGGUACGUACAGGGCAGACAUACAUCACCUUACACUUAUUAAUCUAUGCAUAGAUCAAGUAUUUUUUACUGCAUAGGUCAAAAUGUACACAAUUCUUUAUCUUCUUUGCCUUACCUUUUUCACCUGAAUUGAUUUGUUCUAUUUUUAAUGUUGGGAAAUCUGGCCAUGAACCCCAAAACAAAGUUUAGACCAGUUUAUAACCUUUUUUUGCUAGGAAUGUGUUUUUUUUUUUUUUUAAAUUGCGCACAAGCUUCCAUGACUGUAGUUGCUUUUGUUUCCAUGACCUUAAUUUUUCAUAACAAUGUUUAAGCCGGACAUGUCAAUCUGUUGAAUUUUUGCUGUUUUUGUGCAGGUCAACUCAGGAUCACUGAAGAAUUGUGCAAUUUCUACAGCAAUGUGUCCCUUUCCACUGGGGCCCAUAUAGCCUACUGUGAACACUGGGUCCAGCUAGUGCAACAACUGCGGGAUCGAAAGAAGGAGGGGGAAUUGCUGGGAUCUCUAAGUCUGUUGUACCAGGCUCUAAAUACAGACCGGUAGGCACAUUAUAAUUUCUCUCACCCAGCAUUAAAGCAGAACAUGUUGACAAGGUGCACUGUGUGCAGUGGAAAAAAAUGGGUACAAUGUAUAAUAUAUGUUGUAACGUUCUAAGCUGUGACCCAAGGAUAGUAUUGAGUAACUCCAAUACUACUCUUUGGGGUAUUUCGCUCUGAACAUAUUCAGAUAAGCCACUAGUGGCAUUCUUCUAGGAUGAUAUAAAUGCUUCAGAAUAAUGCCACCAUAUUAAGACAUUUGUGCUAGAGAUUUGAACCCUGAAAAAGAGAUCUUUUUUAAAUAUAAUAAAGAAAACAGGAGGAAUUAUGGAGCAAAAGGAAUAAAUCCAAAUAAACAAUAGUUCCAAUGGAUUCUAUUAGUUUAUUAUCUAAUGUUGCUAAUCUAGUCCUUUUUCUGGAUUAGUAAAAUACAGUAAUUAAUAAGUACAUCAACUGUAUAAUCAUCAAAUAAGAUAUAAACAUUAGAAUCAGCUAUUAUCAAACUGUAGAAUAAAACUAAGAAAGGGCGUAGGCCAUAAACUAAAUAGUAGGUGAGGUUCCCUUUAUCCCCACAAGAGUAGAACAAAUAGAAAUAAGAAAAGAGAGCUGGUAGUUACGCCAAGAAGUGGGCCUGCAAACAUUGCAUUGUUACAAUAGGGUAUAAUAUAAUUUUAAAAAUACAAAAUAUUAUUACAAUACACAUAUUUCAAUUUAACACAGAACAUGUAAUAAAUAUAAUAAACCCUAAUUACAGGUUCAUCUGUAUUGAGAUAUAUUGACAGUGACGGAUUUUAGACUGGAGGAAGAUAUUAUUGUGUCCUAGAGGUUAUUCCAGAAUUGCGGUGCUCUGUAGGAAAAAGAGGAUCGAGACACUUUUAUUUUGUAUUGUGGUAUAAUAAAUAAAGUGCUGGUAAUGGAUUGGAGGCUAUAGCAGGUGGAGACAGAUGGGGAGAGCCUUUUACUUAGUAGGGUGAAUGCUUCCCAGAAAAGCAGAAUUGGAUGUGUUGCAUUCUAUUUAGGGGGUCAAUAUAGUUUUGCCCAUAGACACUCUAUUAAAGUGAGCAUUUUGGUGGAAGUAGCAAUUAUCAGGUAAAUACCCGCGAUCUAAUAUUGUGCAGGUGAAAUAAGUUACCUGAUGAUGAACUUGCCAUUCACCAUCACUUUGUCUCUGCUUCUUCCAGUUUCUCUUUUUCCGAGCUUGCGCAACAAAUAGUUUUGUGCCUUAAUAAUUUAUUUUCUUUUUCAUUGGUAUAAUCAGAACUCAUGAAAUCCUUUCACUUCUUAAAGUGAAGAAAUAACAUUGACCCAUUUAAUAUCAUUGCAUUCAUUCCAGGUCUCUUCGGAAGGCUCUUGACUACACCAAGCAAAGUCUAAGGAUUGCUAUUGAUCUGGGCCAACAUGAAAGAGCAGCUGAGAAUUGGCUUCAAGCUGGGAGACUGUAUUAUCUACUAAAAGAGGAUGAGCUGGUGGAGAUUUAUUUACAUGUCAGUGUCACAGCACAAUAGACCUUUGUUAUGAAUCACUAGUAUAAGCUGUAAUAAGCUACCAUAAGAAAUCCACGCUCAAUGAUAAUUGUGUAGGAUAAUAAACAGUCUUUUUUUCCCAAUGCAAAAUGGUGUAAUUUUCAGUGUAAAUACUCUCCCUGGAUUAAGGUAGAUCUGUUAUGUGUUGUUUUUUAUGGUAAUACAUUUUUUUUAAAUCAAAAUAUGCUUUCUUAGUUUUUAUACAAUAUGUUCUAUUUUAAAGGGACAUGAAUCACUUGAUUAUUAUUUUUUUUGAACCAGCAAGCAAACACUUUAAAAUAAAUAUACAAACCAAUAAAGCAAGAAAAACGUACUGAAAAGUGUGGUAUAAACGUUUCGAAACUUACAAUACGGACAGAUUGCAUUGUUGGGCACACCUCUCAGCUAGGGGAGUUUAUUUGGUGCUGCCUUUCCCAUACACAUCCAUGUCAGUUUCACAGCAGUGCAUUAAUGACAGAAACAGUGAAUCAUUAUACAGUAGCAGGAGAGAGAACCCCAACACCAGAGCUUACUUUGCAUGUAUCACACUGAGCUCCCUCUCUUCUCCCCCUGUCAGGAUGUUGCAAGGUGAAGAGAUCUUUCAAGUGCACAUGUAUUAAUUGGUCAGGCAUGCCCAGUACACUUAUUCACUAUUCCAAGGGAUACGACACUGAUUGGUUAGAUCAGUUCAUCCCCUAGAUUGGUUGUGGAAAGCAUAAAAAUCUGGACACAUUAAAAUAUUUACUAUACUAAAACCGCAACUUUGUACUCAAAAAUUUAUUGUGUAAACAACUAACCUUAAAUUCAUUGAACUACAACAGCUUCUAGAAGACCCAUUGUAAUCUUGAACAACACCAAACAGAAAAUGAUCACAGAGUAGGCGCAGGGAUAGGCAACCUUCGGCACUCCAGAUGUUGUGGACUACAUCCCCCACAAUGCUCGUACAUCCAUAAUACUGGCAAAGCAUCAUGUGAGGUGUAGUCCAAAACAUCUGGAGUGGCAAAGGUUGCCUAUGCCUGGAGUAGGGUAUUUUAAAUUCAUCACACAAUUGUCAUGAAUCACCAUGUAUAUUGAGAAUGAAAAUGCGUGUAAUACCACUCAAUAUAUUUACUAUAUUGAUUGCAUUGUCAUAUAUCAAAUGCAAAUUCAAUUAGAUGGACUAAGCUAGAAUAGGAAAUGCUGAUAGUCAAAAGAUUUAAUGAAAUGUGAAAUGUGAUUCCUUUGGAAUUUAAACAUAUUCCAACAUGGUCAACUAGAGUUUUACAUAAAGAUUCUGUUUUGACAACAAACUAUAAAGUGCCCGUGUGGCUUUAAGAUCUGGUUUAGUCUAGUAGUAAAAAAAUAUAUUUUUAUUAUUUAUGUUUAAGCAAAUUCGUCCUCUUAGUGACAUGUCCAGUCUAGCCAGUGGCGCCUAGGUUAGAAAAAGGUGAUACACUCAUCUUUCUUACUCUGCACAGCCGUAAUGUUACUACUGUACAAAAUAAAGAAAAUAAUAAUUUUAAGAGAUAAUUGUCCAUUGUGCAGAGAGAUUUUGUUGCAAGUGGUUUUGUGUUGGAUCCACUUUCACUUUCGCAUGAGAAAUGUUCCAAAGAGCAAAAGAAUAUAAAUCAGAGUAAGAAACACAGUUAACUAGUUGUCUGCCUAGAGGCAAUAGUUUAUCAAGUUCAAUAAUAAUCUUAAAAAAGAUUUAGGUUUUUGCAGCAUAUGCAUAUUAAGACAAUUAAAUUGACAUUAUUAAGCUUUUUUUUUUUAACAAAAGGGGUAUCGGACUUUCAACUUGUAACAACUAAGAUUUUGUUUCUAUUUUGGAUCACAAUUGGAAAUAAUUGAAAAUAGUGUUUUGGCUUCUUUUUGGAUCAACUUCAACAAAAUGCAUUUUUAAAUCUAUGAACUUUAGGAUUUUUUUUGGUUUUUUUUUGCUUUCCUUUAUUGCUUUGAUACUAAACUGUUACUGUUGAUACUAAACUGCUAUUCUAGGCUGGCAUUCAGGCAUCCUUGAAAUCCGAGAAUUCUGCGAGCACGCUGCACCUCUAUGAAGCUUCAGGAGAUGUAUUUUUUCAUGGGAUCAAGACUAGAGAGAAAGCACUGCCUUUUUACCAGGUAAUCUUUUUUUUUCAUUAAUAGAAGGAGACAUAGGGAAUGUUCAUCUAUAGGUGGAACUUAGAAUAGAAUAUCUGGGAAGGAAGAUUAGCAAUAUAAUGUAAGGAAGUUAUAAAGAGAAUCUGGUGCAAGCUUGAUAUGCUGAUCUGAUCAUCAUCUAAGUCACAACAAUAGACAAUCACAGUCUGCUUAAACUAAUAACACACAAAGAAUGAAAUGUUGCCAUGUUUUUAUUGAACACACCAUGUAAACAUUCACAGUGCAGGUGGAAAAAGUAUGUGAACCCCUAGACUAAUGACAUCUCCAAGAGCUAAUUGGAGUGAGAUGUCAGCCAACUGGAGUCCAGUCAAUGAGAUGAGAUUGGAGGUGUUGGUUACAGCUGCCCUGCCCUAUAAAAAACACACACCAGUUCUGGGUUUGCUUUUCACAAGAAGCAUUGCCUGAUGUGAAUGAUGCCUCGCACAAAAGAGCUCUCAGAAGACCUACGAUUAAGAAUUGUUGACUUGCAUAAAGCUGGAAAGGGUUAUAAAAGUAUCUCCAAAAGCCUUGCUGUUCAUCAGUCCACGGUAAGACAAAUUGUCUAUAAAUGGAGAAAGUUCAGCACUGCUGCUACUCUCCCUAGGAGUGGCCGUCCUGUAAAGAUGACUGCAAGAGCACAGUGCAGACUGCUCAAUGAGGUGAAGAAGAAUCCUAGAGUGUCAGCUAAAGACUUACAAAAGUCACUGGCAAAUGCUAACAUCCCUGUUAGCGAAUCUACAAUACGUAAAACACUAAACAAGAAUGGAUUUCAUGGGAGAAUACCACAGAGGAAGCCACUGCUGUCCAAACAAAACAUUGCUGCAUGUUUACAGUUUGCACAAGAGCACCUGGAUGUUCCACAGCAGUACUGGCAAAAUAUUCUGUGGACAGAUGAAACCAAAGUUGAGUUGUUUGGAAGAAACACACAACACUAUGUGUGGCGAAAAAAAGGCACAGCACACCAACAUCAAAACCUCAUCCCAACUGUGAGGUAUGGUGGUGGGGGCAUCAUGGUUUGGGACUGCUUUGCUGCGUCAGGGCCUGGACGGAUUGCUAUCAUCGAAGGAAAAAUGAAUUCCUAAGUUUAUCAAAACAUUUUGCAGGAGAACUUAAGGCCAUCUGUCUUCCAGCUGAAGCUCAACAGAAGAUGGGUGUUGCAACAGGACAAUGAUCCAAAGCAUAGAAGUAAAUCAACAACAGAAUGGCUUAAACAGAAGAAAAUACGCUUCUGAAGUGGCCCAGUCAGAGUCCUGACCUCAAUCCGAUUGAGAUGCUGUGGCAUGACCUCAAGAAAGCGAUUCACACCAGACAUCCCAAAAAUAUUGCUGAACUGAAACAGUUCUGUAAAGAGGAAUGGUCAAGAAGUACUCCUGACCGUUGUGCACGUCUGAUCUGCAACUACAGGAAACGUUUGGUUGAAGUUAUUGCUGCCAAAGGAGGUUCAACCAGUUAUUAAAUCCAAGGGUUGACAUACUUUUUCCACCUGCACUGUGAAUGUUUACAUGGUGUGUUCAAUAAAAACAUGGCAACAUUUCAUUCUUUGUGUGUUAUUAGUUUAAGCAGACUGUGAUUGUCUAUUGUUGUGACUUAGAUGAUGAUCAGAUCACAUUUUAUGACCAAUUUGUGCAGAAAUUCAUAUCAUACCAAAGGGUUCACAUACUUUUUCUUGCAACUGUAUAUAAUUGUAUUUUCAGUAGUUGUGUAUAAAUGUAAAUGGGGUAGGACUUUUUUUCUUUUCGUUGACAAAACAGUUGUCAAGUCUAAUUUUCUCACUGUUUGGAGCUGUAAGAUAUAUUUGGAUAACGUUUGACACGUACAGUAUACAUGGUGUGUUUUACUAGGGAAACAGUGCAUUUAUUAUGGCAUGUUAAAAAAAUAUCCAUGUCCUUGUAGUAAGAUGCUCUGAUUAGACAGCAACAUCAUUAUAACCCAGUUCAUAGUGAUAAAUAUCACAUGUAAUGGACUACAGCACCGUAACCUUGCAUUCCUUAGUCUGCCGAGACUCAAGUGUGCACAUACCCCUACACUGCAUAGUUCUCUAAUAUAAUACAUGUAGAUACAGGACUGGACUCUCCCUUAUCCCAAAACAUGGAUACAGUGGUUAGGACAUAAAGCAAUGCACUGAUGCAAUCAUGCUGGAAUGCAAUCUACGAGUCCCUAUAGGUCAUCUAUCCAAAGACGGCCCUUUAUUCGCAAAGUAAUAGUAUGAUCGGAAAAGCACUAAAGAUCAAACAAUUAAUGAAGAUGGUACUUCUUUUUAUAUGGGAACCAGAGAUUUAUUAAAUUAUCCUAAUUUUAAGAUAGCGUGCUUUAAAACCAUAUUUGACCAGUGCAGACAAUGCGAUUAAUUCUGUUUCUUUUUAAAUCUUAUUUUAGGAAUAUGCUCUCCCACUAGCAAAGAAGCUUGAGGAUAAUCAAACACAACUUCGACUCCUCCACAAACUCACUCAGCUUCUUAUCAGUCAAGGAAAUUACAAGAUGUCACUGGAAUUUGCUGCCAUGUCUGUCCGGAUGAGCACUCUUGUUGGUGAGUGUUCUAGAUUCUGUGUUGGCCCCACUCACUAACUUAAUGGGGAAAUGUUUUUCCUAUGGGGAUUCUGGCAACACUGGAGGUUCUCAUGCAUAGUGUAAAGACGUCCAGUGUCAUUUAAACGACCAAAAGUCAACUAAGAAGCCGGCAGAUAGACAGCCACUAGAGGAGGACAUAACCCUGCAAUAUAACUAUUGCAGUUUAUAAAAAUUGCAAUAAUUACACUUGCAGGGUUAAGGGUAAUGGAAGUUGGCACCCAGACCACUUUAAAGAGCUGAAGUGGUCUGGGUGCCUACAGUGUCCCUUAAAUGUGGUAAAAACCACAAUUAAAAAAAAAAAAAAGUGUCAGAACUAAAUAAUUAAAGUGAUAGUGCUUUGAUGUAUAUACUCACAAUGCAUAUCAUAUAUCUGCUUUAUAUCAAAAUAAUAUGUGACAUUGCUAUCCAAAACCAUCUCAAAUUUAUACUUUCCUUUGGACCUCAAAAGGGGCAUCUGAAGUAGGGAGCGGGUUGCUCAGCCUUAAAGGAAUCUGGUCCAGACUCCAGUCAUUCUAAGCAGUGGUGCUGCUGCCCAGACCAAAAAGUAUGUAAUGCAGCUUAAGGAACAGCAAAAAAUUUUUUUACAAAAAUUCUAUUUUACAAGACUACUUAAAAUCACCUUUUUCAGCAAAUGAAGUUUGUUGUAAUGUUAAAAUUAGUGUACAACCAGAGCCGGUGCAAGGAUUUUUGCCACCCUAGGCGAAAACAUUUUUUGCCACCCCAUUGGUUUCACCCAUUCAUGCAGACUUACAUACACUGACCCAUACACACACACACUGACCCAUACAGACACACACACUGACCCACACACACGCUCACACUGACCCCCCUCCACACACACACUGACCCAUGCAGACAGACACUGACUCAUAAAGACACACACACUGACCCUUGCAGAUACACGCUGACCCCUGCAGACACACGCUGAUCUGUACACACAGAGACCCACACACACACACUGACCCAUGCAGACCCAUACACAUACCCAUGCAGACCCAUACACAGAUCGAUACAUACACACACACACACACACACACACACUGACUCAUAAAGACACACACACUGACCCAUACACACACACUGACCCAUGUAGACACACAGACACCCAUACACACACACAGAUCCAUACAUACACACAGAUCCAUACAUACACACACACACACAGUCCCAUACAUACACACAUAGACCCAAGCAGACUGACAUACACAAAUAUACUGACUGAAACAUACUGACACAUUCUAUGAAUCACACUAUGCCGACACUUUUUUCCCAAGCCCCAUUUCCUGUUUUUCUCCCGCCCACUUUUCCCCACGUACAGGGCAAGGGGCAGGUGCGAGUGAAUGAUGCGCCCUUGUGCUGCUGCGGUGCUUGACUGGGAGAGGGCUCCUGACAUAGCAGGCUGUGGGGAAUGCUGGACCGACGUUAUACCGAGCGCUAGUCUACGAGUAAGUGCUCCCUAGUGCCCGGUAAUGUGGGCGCCGCUGCCUGCAAUAUAUAAUCAAUCCCACUUGAUAGGGGGGCAGCCAGACAAGCAGUAAAGCCACUGCUGGCACCCCCCUAAGUAGGUGCACUAGGCGGCCGCCUACUUAGCUUAUAGGACGCUCCGUGUUACAGUGUAGGGUGAGAAUAUUUGUCUGUCUAGCAUCAAUGUUGUUAACCAUCUAGAAUAUUAUCACGUGUAAGGAUAACUAUAAAUGUAUGUGUUGGUAUAAUUAUAAGUAGAGUACACUCAUAAAGUAAGGAGCUGAACUCAUGCUUUUAAUAACAAAUAAUUCAAAAAACCAUAAACAUUUUUAAGACGUGUGAAUAGGUUACUAAAAGUACAAGUCAUACACACUUCUGUAUGUGUUAUUAAAAUAACAUGCUAAUAUAGUGCAAGUAUGUAUUAUUAUUAUUAGCUUCAAAACGCAAGAGGUAACAGCAGAGAACGAUUUACCAUGGCAACAAACGUUCUCUGCAAAAUGUAAGUUCAUAAAACUAACUUUGCCAUUCAUAUGCUGAAAAAAUGACUUUAUCUCUUUACGAAGGAAUAUUUAAUACAGCAGAAUGAGAAAAGAAAGUACUCCAUUCCAUUAGCUAAUCCAUGUGACAUAUGCUGCACACUAAAUUUAAGAAGAAUUGUAUAGUUUCAAACGAUGGAGCACGUUCUUUUCACAUUCUGCUCCACUAAAUAAUCCUUAGUAAGGAGAUGAAUUAAUUAUUUGUCUAGAGCUAUAGUGUUUUUAAAGGGGACAGCAUGGAGCCAAAGAGGGCAUUUGUCUGUUCACGACAGGAAAUGCAAAGGACACCAAAGUGGCAAUCCCAUCUCUUAAACUGGGAUUUCUUAUUUUGAGUGGACAUGCUGGGUACAUCCCACUACUUGCUCAUAAAAGAAUGAAAGGCAGGAAAUCCCCGGUGAAGCACCAUUUGCACAUGCAUUUUUCCAUUGACUAUGCCUAUAGGAAUUGUCAGGCCUGUAAAUAAGAUAUGUUACAGAACUGCUGGUUCUGAUUUUUUAUAAAUUCAAACCUUAUUCCCAUCGCUGAGUCUCUGACAUUAUACAAUAAAAGAUUAUUUACACAUGCCAAAGGGACACGCAUGGACAAUAACAAGAUGAAUAUGCUUCUUCCAUAGGUCAUAAUACACAAAGUUCCAUCGUUCUCAUGUCAGCUCAAACAUAGAGCCCCUGGUUUUUUGGGGUUUUUUUUUUUUUUACAUUUAUUUUGAAUUUUUAAUCCAUUACGGUUGAUCAUGUCAGUUGUUAAGGUUCUAAAACACUAGAUUAAUAACUAUAUAAUGAACUUUCAUUUGUCAUUUGUGUAUCUCUGGGCAUCACCCCACAAUCCAUCAUGUCCUUUAUCAUUAGGCAAUGUUUGGCAUAGCAUUCUACUCUACAAUAUAAAUACACUUGCAAUAUAUGGCGUUUUUUUUUCAGAACAAUUAUAGCAAUAUAUAGAAAUCCAUUCCAGCCAUUCCUCGAUGUACAACAUAAAGGCAUAUUUUCCAUAUUUCCUUUAAAAGUUUCCAUAAGUUGCAUAGUCUUCAUCAUGACCUAUGUCUGGGUCAAUAAACUCACAUACAGAAUGUGGCAAUGAGUGCAUGAUUUACAAAAGGACCUAAUGAAGAGAUCUCAUUUCUAUUUAAAUAACUUACCCAGAGGAUGCCCAGUUCACAUAGAUAAGCUGGACCCCAGAGGCUUAGACAUAUGGUGUUAAUAUUAAAUAAUAUUUUAUUAUAAUAAUAGGCCUCUUAUGCAUUCUAGUGUAAACCAUUAAAACAUAUUCUCACAAAGGACUAAAAUUUAUUAGAUGAGAUAAGCAUAUCUCUUGUAAUUGUAUCAACGUUUUCCCACUGACUUCAGGGAAAACAACCUUCAGUUACAGAUAAGCUUAUCUUGUCUAAUAGAAUCAAUAAGUGUGUAGACCCUUACAUGUAAUAUCAUUCAAAUGCAAUUAUAAGUCUUUAAUAUAAUUAAUGCUAUAGUGGGUGUAGUUCAAAUGUAUUUUAUUAAGGAGGGUAUUCAAGGAAAUGUUAUUCUUUAAAUGCUGCAACAGGCUUACAUUCACUGCUAAAGUACUUAAAGGGUCCAUUUAAUAUGAACAAGAAAAAUUCAGAGUUAUUCGCCAAACUGAGUUUUCUAGCCUUAUUUAAACAAAAGAGAUAAAAAUUAUAUUUACAUAAUUUCCUUUAGAGAGAGUGUGUGUGUGUGUCCGUCUGUCUGUCCGUCGAUGUGUGUCCGUCCCACUGAGAAAUGUAAAUUAAGUGGAAUCAAGGAGAGUUAUCAUUUUCACUGUAUUCUCCAACUUCUUCAUAUCACAUGGGAUCUGGGGUCAGCACAUUGAAGAAGGAUUUUAUUUAGUGGUUGGCUUGGUUUUAACUUGCAGUGUGGCAUAUUAUGGUGCAUGUUCCAAACUUAGAGCCUUCUUUUUUUUCUGUUCCAGAUGAUCCAUUACAUGAGCUGGUUGCCUUCCACCGGUUGGCAGGGGUGUACCAUUCAAUGCAGAUUUAUGAGGUGUCUGAAUACUGCUACUUGAAGGCCCUGUCCUUAUGUUCCUCACCCAUGGAGCACGUGGCUGAAGCUGGGUAUUACUUGAAGGUCUACUGGCGUUUAGGAGACAUCGCCCUUUUUAGAAGAAAGGUAUAUCCCAAGUCUGGAAAUUAAAUUACAACUUUAUACAUAGUUUAAAUGGCCUUUACCUCUAUACAUCAGAAAUCAAAGGGAAAUGCAGAAUUAUCAGCCUGUAGACACUUAUACACAGUACACCAAACAUAAGUAGAUUAACCGAUAUCGAUGAUAGUUGCUACUGGCUACAUGUUGACACAAUCUUUCAUGUAUUUCAUGCAAACACCUGCAUGUACAGUGGAGAGGGGGCUGUAACACAACUGACACAAUACCUUUGAUGGUGGCCACCACAAAAUGAACAUUUGUACAUUUUGGUUUCCAACAGUAGUGUAAAAAUGGCAUCAGGUUUGGAAACACAACUGACACCUACAUGAGAAAGAGAAUAACAGUCUACAUGGUCUCCCACAGUUGAUGUUCCUUUUCUCUUGACAGGAUGUAGAAGACGCAGUUACAUACCACCUCCUAGCACUGGCAGCUGCUAUUGAAAUUGGGAACGAAGAGUUCCAGCUGGUGCUCAGUGACCGGCUUGCCAGCUUGUAUUCCAACUACCUGCGGGACGAGGAACUGGCCGACCACUUUGUCAAGCUUAAAGUACAGCUCAGCAAUAACAGUAAAUGUGUAUGAUGCAUGAAAAAAAGGGGAUACACGGAGUGAUGACUGACUAGUGGACAAUAAAAGCCAAACUUGCACUGUGCCCUGAAUGUAUGAUGAAUAUAUGACUAGCAGUCAUUGUUAAUAAGGGCCAGUUACAGAUCAUGAUGUAUUGCACAAGGCUCUUGCAAUCUGACAGAGCCAGGACAAAACAAGACAUGGCUCUACUUUCUGAUUUGCAAAGCGUCCAACAGUUACUGUUUGUAUGUGAACUGUGAAAUCCAUGAUUUUAUGAAUGCAUGGUUCAACUUCCCUUUGAGCUGUAUGUACAGGUUCCUAGAAGCAUGUGGGAACUUCUGAGAGAAUCUGUAUGGUAUCUCCUUUUCAACUUUCCACAAGGCUGUGGAACCAAAUGUAAUAUUCUUUUACGAUGUCGCUUCUGAUUGCACUACACCUUUUGUACCUAUGGAAACAUCAGAGGUAAACCUAAUUCUGCAUAAACUAUGCCUGCAAGACACAUGUGAAGAAUUUAAAUCUAUUCUAAAACUUACAGUACAAUACAAUGACCUCAAAGAACUCUUCAAAUAUAGUUAGGUAAUUUUCAAUUUUUAAAUUAGAUUAGAUAAAUUAAGUCUUCACCAGCACUGAAAGUUACUCGUAAAUGGAUAAUGAAUUUUUUGUUUUUUUUGAAAGUAUUUUAUUUUGUUGCUAAAACACAACAAGCACCUAAUAUUUUUAUUUUAAAUAAAUGGUUAGAAAUGUUUUUGUUUUUUUUAGCCAGACAGGGUAUAUGAACAAAGUGGUCUAAACCGUUCCAAAGAUGUGAAAACAUUUUGUUGAAAUCCUGAUUAAUGAAGAAUCUCUUACAGAGCAAUUGCGGGAAUAAAAGUCAAAUUGUCACUGGUGUGUAUACAGAGCUUGGAAAAUAUCCAAUAGAUAUUUCUCAAAAUAUGUAUUGAAAUGGAAAUCAGGCAAAUUAGUGGUAAUGUUGUCCGGGAGCAGCAGUUGUGAUUUGCAUAGGACGCUACUUGGUGACAGCAUUGGGGAUGUUGUACUAUCACAUUUUAAUAAUAUUUCUCAUUCCCUAUAUUAAGGCUAUAAUAUAGGUUUAUCAAUAUUAGUAUGUUUUUUCCAAUAAAAGAUUAUUUUGAAUACCUUGAUUAUGUUUAGGGGCUUAUAAUUGUCUGCUAGUGUAAAAAAUAAUAAACUAAAGUCUGUGCUACUAGCACUAUAUCUACUGGAAGACCCUUUUGACUAUGAUAUGAAUGCAUAAUUCAUAAAAGGGUUUUAUACCCAAAAGGCUUUGUGGCAUAUGUGUAACUUAGGUGGGAAAACACGAUAUAAAAGGGAUUUUCAUUGCUUAGAACCUGGGUCAUAGCUCAGAUUAGCUUAGCAACUUGAAGCAAAUAGCCCCUGGGUACCAAUGACACUGCUAUGCUAUGACAGCUGUGUUGGAGAGGAACUCUGCUGCAAGAGCUAAGUAUACAUUCAAGAAAUUUAGUACUCCGUUCCUGUUGCUCAGCAGAGGAUCUUGACAGGUAAUGGUGCUCAGAGUCAACUACUCAAAGUUCCAGUCAAUCCAACCAAAUGUUAAAGAAACACUCCACUGCUCAAAUACAAAAACAACUACUGUUUUGCAGAUAUACCCCUAAUGAAAAUAUGCAUUUUGUCAAUAUGUUAUAUCUAAAGGCAUCUUGCAAAAGGGGCAGACGCCUUAUCUGCAGUCUUUGCAAGCCCUCCCCUUCCAACUCUGCCCAGACUCUGUGAUGUCCAAUCACAGACUUCCCAAUGCACCUCAAUGAGAAUUCUUUGCAUGGCAAGUUCUCUGGGUAGUUUCCUGCCUCUUGAGUUUAUCUCCACUGAGCUAACGAAACCAGGAAGUAACAGGACUGGUCAAUUUAGUAAAGUGCUAACUUCUAUUAAAAAUCUUUUUUUUUUUUUAAUAAGGACACACUCUUCAGACAUAAAACAUUUCAGCAAAUUAAGGUGCUUUAGGAGUCUGGAGUGUCCUUUUAACUAUGUUAUGAAUAGAAUGUGAAACUAUCUAUUAAUUUAUCUUUCUUUACCAAUGCUUUUCCAUUAGGCACUGUUGCACAAUAGCAUGUUUACUAUAGAAGCUAAUUUGUAAACAUAUAUAUAUAUAUAUAUAUAUAUAUAUAUAUAUAUACACAUACACACAUGUUGAUAUGGUAUGGUCCUUUACCACAUACAGUUCUGUUAUUUAUUUAUUUUCAAUAUUAAUAUUUGAAUUAUUUUGCUUUAUGUCAAAUGUCUGUCAUCAUUUAUUCCCGUGUAAAGUGUAUAAUAUAUUAAUACUGCUUUAUAAACAUUUCAUCUUACGCCUACAUGAUGGAGCUGAAAUUACUAGGAGUACAAUGUAUAGUUAUUCUUUAUCUGAGCAGUCUUAGCAGAUUCAUUUUUACAUAAUUAGUGUUAAUGACAACAACAUAUAGUUUUGUAUAAUUAACACCAAACAUCAGAAAUAUUAUUUCACUUUUAAAACCCAUUUGUAUUCUUCUGCUAAAAACUCUUCAUUUGUUUUCAUUAACGGAAUAAUGGUUUACUUGUAUUUUUGUAUGUAUGGUUUAAGUUGAAAAAAAAAUGAGGUAAUUGUAAAAUACUGAUUAUUUGGACAAUUAUGUAAAUGGUUUUGGUUAUUAUUUUUUCUCCAACACGAUAUGUUAGUAUAUAUUUAACCGAAAUAUGUAGUAUAUAAAAGGUGUAACUUUCUGGAUAAUAUAUAUUUUUUUUUUUUUUUUGUCUGUGUGCUAAAGAUAACUGUGAUGUGUUUGUUACUCACCAUAACUUUCAUUAUAGCUACUAUCUGAAUUUUUUUUAAAAAUCUCUUUAUCUCAUAUCACUUGCUUUAAAAACAUAAAACUUCAUGGCUUCAUACAGUAGUAAAAAUGCAAAAACAAGCAAGUCAGUGGAUGUCCCAAGUUUCUCAUACUAUGCCAUUUCAUAAAAUGCUAUUUACAUUAACUGUUUAAGCAUCACUCAAGUUAUAUUUGAGAUCUGAUCACUAAGAUCACAAAGCAACCAGUUGCUUCUUUCAGUGGUUUGGUCUAAAUUUAACAUUGGAAAUAAACAUAUGAAAUUAUGAAACAUAUCAAAUUAAAGAUGAACCUAUUGGAACAGUUUAAAUAGUAAAGUAGAAGUGCAGAUUACUCUCUCAUGUUAAAAUUAGGUUAUCUUAUAUUUUUGGGUGAUUUUGAGUCUGCUUAAGAAAUAAAUACAAAAUUUAGUUUUUGUCAAUUUGUUUUUCUAACACAGCAUCUUCCAGUCAUGGUGAAAACAGCAUUUAAUUAUUUUUUUUGUUUGUAUGUGAAAAUUAUUUUAAAUCAAUGUUUUCCUUUUUGUCAUUUCCGGCCAGUGAACCUGAGGAACCUGUAAAGGGGUGAUAGAACAUUGUACUGCUUUUUAAAACACAUAUGAAUGUUUUAUCUCCAUGUUGUAUUAAAGUGUCUAGUGGAACGUGGAGAUGAAAUAAGUUAUACGUUUUAACAGAAACUAUUACAUUCUACCAAGUUUGGGUCUAAUGGAAUAAGACUUUGCAGCGGCAUGUAUAAAUUAUUAUAAAUGUAUGUAAACGUAAUUAUAUUAUGUAAUGUGCGUAUGUUUGCAAGAUGUGUCAUCCCUUUGAUAUCUGUAUAAAUAAAACAAAUCUAUAUUUGUAUGAGAACAUCUCCAUUGUAUUAAAUUAAAAUGAAAUAAGGUC